AUGUCUAAUCCAGCAUUACAAGUUUACGGUGGUGAUGAGAUAUCUGCGGUCGUGAUUGACCCGGGGUCCUACAGCACCAACAUCGGCUAUUCUGGCAUGGACAAUCCACAACUCAACAUUCCUUCAAGCUAUGGACUGUACACCGAUGGCUCUAAAAAGGAUCACAAGUCUUUCAACGAUCAGUUCAUGACUUUGCCGCGGCCUGAUUUUGAAAUCAAGCCGAUUUUGGAAAAUGGAUGUGUAGUGGAUUGGGAUGCGGCUCAAGAACAAUGGACAUGGGCUGUGGCAGAUCAGUUAAAGUUCGGAUCGCUCCAAGGAGUGCCUGCAUUUCUAACAGAGGCGAUUUGGAACUCAGACACCAACCGCAAGAAGUCCUUGGAAGUGCUCCUGGAGGGUAUGGAUUUCGAGGCCUGCUAUAUUGCCCCAACUGCAACCUGUGUUUCGUUUGCGAUGGGGAGACCAACUUGUCUGGUUGUCGACAUUGGACACGACGUAUCCAGUGUGUGUCCCGUAAUAGAUGGAAUGACUCUCUCCAAAAGCUCUACAAGAAAUUUCUUAGCGGGCAAAUUUCUCAAUGCUUUGAUAGAAGAGCACUUAAAACCUCGUGAAAUCAUACCUCGAUUCAGAGUUGCACAGCGAAGACCCGAAUUCAAGGCCAAAAUUUUUGACUUUAAGGUUGACCCAUCUGUUGAUAACUUCGACAAUAGCAGAGGUUUCUUUCAAGAGUGUAAAGAAACUAUGCUGCAAGUAGCACCUUCCGAUUCACCCAAGUUCGAGACCGAGCUAGACUCCAUGUCUAAAAGAUCUAUAGAGGCUCCCUGGGGUGAAAACAUUAUUUUCGACAGCAGAACGAGAUUUUCGUUUGCAGAACAACUAUUCAACCCUUCGGAAACCCUUAUGCCCAACGAUUGGCCUAGGUCAAACGGCAUAGUCGAAACGUGGCACAACGAUUAUAUACCAAUGAAGAGGGCCAAACCAAAUGUUGGCAACAAGGAAAGAGAAAGUACAACCGAUUCGACACCUGCGGCUGCUGCCGAUGGUGCCAAACCUGGAGAUCCUGCUACAGAAACAAACGAAAACGGCAAAAGGCCACUGGAUAACUCAUCUGAGCCUGAAAGUAUAUUGGCGGGUCUCAGUGAUCUAGUCGCUACCGCGAUUAUGGCUACGGAUGUGGAUUUAAGAGCGACACUAGCCCAUAACCUCGUUAUAACCGGCGGUUGUUCCUCAAUACCAGGCAUAACUGACAGAUUAGUUGCGGAGCUCAACAAGAAACUGCCGGCACUAAAAUUUCGCAUACUCACCUCAGGUCACUCCAAGGAAAGGCAGACAAGAGCAUGGUUGGGAGGAAGCAUUCUGUCAAGUCUUGGAACUUUCCAUCAGCUGUGGGUUGGAAAGCAAGAAUAUGAGGAGGUUGGUACCGAUAGGUUACUGAAGGACAGAUUCAGAUGA